AUGGCCCUGAUGAAUCAGUCAUCAGUGGAUGUGUUCUACAAGGUAUUGUUUGACGGUCAGACCUCAGUCCCUCGACAGUUACCUUCCCUCGACUCUGCAAAAAUCGAUGUUGAUGAUCAGAGUGUGGAACCUGUUGAGGAAUUGGAGAAGAAGAGCGAGGAGUUCCAAAAGAUUCUGAAGGUUUCGAAUGAGGAAAGGGACUGGGUUCAGCGAAUGCAGGUUGUUGAUCGAGCUGCGGCCGCGAUCGCGGCUGCUCGCGCCAUUUUGGAGGACAAGAAUAAGGAGUUGAGGACUGAGGCGGGGGAUCGCGGAGGUUCCGGUGGUGGGAGUGGCGGGGGUGGUGACGGAACAAUUGGGGCUCGUCAAGAAGGAGCACAGAUUAGGAGUGUAGUUGUGCCAGUGCCUCAAUCGGAAAUUUCAGGAACCAGGACUCCAGGUCCUGAUUUUUGGUCCUGGGAACCCCCUCAGGGUAGUGAUAAAGUUUCAGACGAUGUCAUUGACUUGCCAACAGCAAUGAAAACUUCUCAGCCUUUUUGGUCUUUUGUCGGUCAACAAUCUUCCACGUUGAGACCGUGGUUGGUUCACAUCGUGACUGUGGACUCACAAACCUUUGCGGGGCCUAAGAGACACAUCCAAAUCAACGUGAUUGUUAUUUGUAAUUUCACAUGGGCAAAUGUAACAAUUGGUUCUUAA